AUGGCGCUGUUACAGACUGCUGCUCUGCCCCCUGCUCAGCCAGCCUAUGUGCUUAGAGGCCAUAAUGCACAGAUUCACAGUGUUUGCUUUGUGCGCCAUAACACCCGCCUCUUGACUGGUGACGCCGAAGGCUGGCUCGUCCUAUGGAAUCUCGCUUCCAAGCGACCUGUCGCUGUAUGGAGGGGUCACUCUGCUGCUAUCCUAGCCCUGUCGACCUGGGCAGAUGACAGGCUGAUUACGCAUGGGAGAGACAGUAAGUUGCAUGUCUGGCAACUGAAACCAUCCGACGAAUCCACCUUUUCUGUUGUUUUACCCAUAGAAGACCCCGUCACACCUCGCCAUGAGCCAUGGCUACUGCACACAAUCUCGGUGAACACUCUCAACUUCUGUUCAUUUUCCGCCUGUGAAGCCUCUCCAUCAGAGGCUGCCCAACUAGUCCCCAAAACUACCGACGCAGCUCUUCUUGUUGCUGUGCCAGGAGAUUGCGAAGGCGAUAUUGAUGUUUAUUCUUUUCCCUCCAAAGCAAAGCUCACUACCAUCUGCCCUCCUAGGACUGUCAAGCUAGGUAUGUUCAUGUCUUUCGCUCUCCUUCGACCGUCACUAACGUUGCUAAACANNGGCAUGGCAAUGUGCGUCAAAAUCUUCACUCAGGAUGGCCACCUCAUUUUGAUAGCAGGUUACGAAAGUGGCUAUUGUUGUUUGUGGCGUUACGAUCAAGACAAGAAACAAUGGGCUUUGCUUUCUACCACCAAGAGUCAUACUCAGCCUAUUCUUUCACUAGACAUCGCAAAGUCUCUUCGAAGAUACUACACAUCUGCUGCAGACGCUACUAUUGCUAGCUACUCUCUCACUGAUUUGACAGCAUCUCAGCCCAUAAAGUCAGCUCAAACCAAGCACUCCGGCCAGCAGUCUCUUUAUGUUCGGUCCGACGAUAAGAUCUUUGCUACAGCCGGUUGGGAUGGAUGUGUGCGAGUUUACUCUGCAAAAACAAUGCGGGAACUUGCUGUGCUAAAGUGGCACAAGCAGGGCUGCUAUGCCCUCGCAUUUGCAGACCUGUCUCUAGAGGAGACCGAAAUCACAGAAGGUGAAAGCAAAAAUGCCAAAGAGGAACAGAUCUCUACAUCACUUCAAACGGUCGGACAGAGACGCCAGACCAAAGCUCAGACAACGCACUGGAUAGCUGCUGGGUCGAAAGAUGGGAAAAUCUCGCUAUGGGAUCUCUAUUGA